AUGUCGCAGAACCUCGCAUCCCGUCGCAUCCCAUUGCGGACACGCAGCACCGCCUCGGUCAAUGGUACUCAAGCCAAGGAGAACGCUGGCGUCUCUGGCGUCUCCUCCAGAACCGCUCGCUAUGGUCUCGAAGGGGGUGCUGCCGAUGCUGGUCCAUCCAAGCCUGCCUCCACCGUGUCUGCGGCCACCAAGGUCGCUUCUGCCGCUUCUGGAGUUCUCGGAACUCGGAAGAGGGCCGCGCUCGGUGACCUCACUAACGCCAACCGCGCUCGCACCACCAUGACCGGCGCCGACGACAAGGGCAAAGCUGCGCUCAAGGAUGCUAUCAAGCCUCGCGCCACCACCUCCGCUACCUCUGCUUCGUCGCGAUCCGUCGUCGGCACUUCGGCCUCCACCGCCGCCGCCACCAACGGCGCUGCUCGUCGCGUCGUCCGUACCCGACCCACCACCGCUUCCACUACCACCACCGCUGCUGCUGCGGAUGCCGACCGCCCCUUCCGUGCCUCUCGACGCGUCGUCGGUACCACCACUUCCGCAUCAUCCGCUAUCCCCUCGGCAACGUCCAGAUCGACCUCCACCACCUCUGCCGUCCCCGCCACUUCUGCUGUCGCUGCGGCCCGCAAGGGCUCCAUGGUCCGCACCACCUCGGCCAGCUCGCAGACCGGUCUUCGUCGUGAUGCCGCCGUCGCCACCACCACUGCGCCCGCCGCCGUUGUCGCGUCGCGAUCCUCCAAGAGCCAGCUCAACGAGGUGCAGGACACCGACGACAAGAUGGAAGCUCCUCAGGCCAAGCGUCUCAAGACCGAGCAGGCUCACAAGCCUGCCAAGGACGAAGGCUGGGAGGACCUCGACGCCGAAGACGCCGAAGACCCGCUCAUGGUCGCAGAGUACGUCAACGACAUCUUUGAGUACAUGAAGGAGCUCGAGAUCAUCAACAUGCCCACGGGCGACUACAUGUCGCAGCAGAACGAGAUCAACUGGGACGUGCGCGCCAUCCUCGUCGACUGGCUCGUCGACAUCCACGCCAAGUUCCGUCUGCUGCCCGAGACGCUCUACCUCGCGGUCAACAUCAUCGACCGUUUCCUCUCGCGCCGCACCAUCUCGCUCUCCAAGCUCCAGCUCGUCGGUGUCACGGCCAUGUUCAUCGCGUCUAAGUACGAGGAGGUGAUGUGCCCUUCCAUCCAGAACUUCUACUACCUGGCCGAUGGCGGGUACACGGACGUGGAGAUCUUGCGGGCGGAGCGGUACGUGCUCAAGGUGCUCGAUUUCAGCAUGUCGUAUGCCAACCCGAUGAACUUCCUGCGUCGCAUCAGCAAGGCGGACAACUACGACAUCCAGACGCGCACCGUGGCCAAGUACUUUAUGGAGAUUUCGCUGCUCGACUAUCGAUUGAUGGAGCACCCUCCUUCGCUUGUUGCUGCGGCCUCGGUCUGGCUCGCUCGCGAGGUGCUCGAGCGCGGCGAAUGGACGCCUACGCUGGUGCACUACUCGACCUACUCGGAACAGGAACUGCUCGGUACGGCCGAGAUCAUGCUCGACUACUGCCUGCGUCCCAUCACGCAUCAGUUCUUCCACAAAAAGUAUGCGCACAAGAAGUUCAUGCGCGCCAGCACGUAUGUGAUCGACUGGGCGCACAAGACGUUCCCCGAGGGCGUGGUGGGCGUGGACGAAGCGCAAGAUCUCAAUGUGCUUCGCAUCGAUCUGUACGAGCGCAAGGAGAUUGAGCGACCCGAGCAAUCGCCUGUUUCGUCGUCGAGGGCCAACACGCCGGCGACGAGCAACCACGCUCAGGCGCACUUUGACGCCGAACCCAGCCCCAACGUCGAUGCCGACGAGACGUAUGAUUAUCCCGAAGAGGAGGAUGAUCUUGACGAAGAGGAGGGGUUGGAGGAGGAGCUGGUGGAUGGAAAGGCUGGAGGACGUCAAGAUACCCGUCCGGUGCUCAGGGAAGUUACCAAUGCGUACGAGGAGACGUUCUGA